GUCAAGUCGUCGUGCGAUAAAUGAAAGGAAGAAAUACAUUAUUAAUGCAUCUUUGAACAACGAGAUACACAUGUGAAGAACUAUUGAAGAAGGCGAAAUUGGAUUUUUACUUACGCUGGCGCCCAGAAACUGUCGGCAGAAAGAGAGCUUUAAAAUGGAUCCCUGAGACACCUUAAAACGGAGGGAGUCGUAGAAAUAAAAAAAGACAUCAUGGAGUUCCAUCUACUCGCAUGUUGGUGUUUUAUGCUCGUCAUGUCGAGAUUGAUGACGUCACAUGCGCUAUCGCAUGGGCCCGGACGCUGCUGGAAUACCAUCAGUGCUUUGAUCACCGUGCGUGAGACGUUUGCGGAAUCGAAGACAAAACGGACAGCGACUUGCUGUGACUGGUUCUGCAUAUCAAAAUGUUCUUCAUACAGAAUGGUUUAUCGUACUGCUUAUCGGAACGCGCUACGGACGAUGUACAAAAUAGAUUUGGGAUGUUGCCCAGGCUGGAGACCUCAGGAAGGGCACUGCGUACCUGCUUCCAUACCAGAUGGUCGAGCUGAGGCAACCCUGGUCCCAUUCCUGCCUGGAAGACCACAGGGUGAACCAAGGUCUUCAGGGGCUCAUCAAGGUGAUACAGGAACCUCAUCACACACUGUAGAACAAGUGAUCAUUGUCUUCAUGCCAUGGAAUUUCACUGACAUCAACUUAUCUUCAAGACGUCAACCAAGACGCCCUUAUGAUUACUUGAACGAUCAUCUGGUAAGGACCAGCAGGCUGGUACUUCAUCAGGAACCAAACCAAUCUACCGUGAGCCGAGGUUACCGGGUCGAGGAGACUCAGCACACGUAG